CUGGGAUGAUUUCUCUUCACUAGUGUGUAGUUUUUAAUUUUUCGCAUAAAGCUUUAUCCUUCCGUCAAAAAACAAACAUGUCGGGUAAAUCGGAAUUAAAAAUCAACUCCCAGUUCGCGCAGAAAUAUGAGAAAUACCGACAGAGAGAAGAGUUACAGAGACUGAAGGACCGAUACGGAGACCGAGAUGACGACAGUGACUCUGAAACGUCCGAGUCCAGCUCUGAUGACAGUGAAGUGGAGAUCGACCCUGAAGUUGAGAGGGAUUUUUACAGAACAUUGUCACUGCUGAAGAAGAAAGACCCGAAGAUCUAUCAGCAAGAUGCCAAGUUCUACUCAGAAGGUGGAGCAUCCAGCAGUGAUGAGAAGCCUUCGACCUCUAAGAAAGCAGUGAAGCCUAUGUAUCUCAAGGACUAUGAACGUAAAGUCAUAUUGGAAAGAGAGGGUAAAUAUGAAGAUGACGACGACAGCGAUGAUGAGGAGGCCGCUAUGAGAAGAGAGAGAGCGGCCUCUCCGAGCUACGUUCAAGAGCAGAAGGAGCUGAAAGAAAGCUUCCGCAAGUUCAUCCAGGACAGCGGUGAUGAGGAUGAAGGCGAUGAGGAGGGCGGAGAAUCCCAGCUGCUGACCCGGAGGAUCAAAACUCAGGAGGAGAAGGAUAAAGAGGAGGCAGACUAUGUGGAGUGGCUGAAAGGUCAGGCUGAGCUCGAGGGUCCGGAGGAGGUGAAGGACAUGAAAUACCUGAGGGACUACUGGAACGACCCAGAGCUGGAUGCGAAGGAGUGUUUCCUCAGAGAUUAUGUCCUCAACAAGGGCUACCUAGAUGACAACGACGGCGAUGAACGGAUCCCAACCUACGACGAGGUCAUCCAGGACGACGUGGAGGAUUCUGAGGAGGAAGGGGAGACGUUCUUGGAGAAGCAGGAGGACUUUGAGAGAAGCUACAACUUCCGCUUCGAAGAGCCCGACGCUCAACAGAUCAAGACCUACCCGCGCAACAUCGCCACCUCAGUGCGUUCCAAAGACGACCGCAGGAAACGCAAAAGGGAGGAAGUGAAAGAAAGGAAGGAAAAGGAAAAAGAGCAGAAGCAGGAGCAGCUGAAGCAGCUGAAGAACUUGAAGCGAAGCGAGAUCAUGGAGAAGCUGAAGAAGCUUCAGGAGCUGACGGGCAACGAGCAGCUGGCCUUCAGUCAGGUGGACCUGGACGGAGACUUUGAUCCGCAACAGCACGACCAGCUCAUGCAGAAAUUCUUUGGAGAUGAAUAUUAUGGAGAAGAAGAAGAAGAAAAGCCUCAGUUUGAUGAUGAUGGUGAACUCGAGGAGCACUGGAACUGGGACACAUGGACUGGCGAGGGCGCCAAUGGGGAAGAGGAAGGAGAGUACGACGGAGAAGAACAUGGCGUGUCUGGGCCGCACUGCGACGACGAAGACUUCAUUAUGGAUGCAGACUACGACCCCAACCAGCAGAACGCGUCCAAGAAGAAGAAGAAAAAGGAGAGGAAGAAGAUGAAGAAAGAGGAUAUACCACAAAUGGGCAAAAAGAGGAAGAAGUCUUACUUUGCUGAGGCCAUCACCAAAAACAAGCCUGUGUUUGAUCCUCAGGAGAAGAGCUUCGAGCAGUACUUGGAUGAGUACUACAAGCUGGACUAUGAGGACAUAAUAGACGACCUCCCGUGCAGGUUCCGCUACAGGCAGGUCCUGCCCAACGACUUUGGCCUGACCACUGAUGAGGUCUUACAUGCCAACGACAAGGAGCUGAACCGGUGGUGCUCUCUGAAGAAGACCUGCAUGUUCAGGUCUGAAAAGGAAGAGAUGAGCGAUUUGAAAAACUAUAAAAUCAAGGCCCAGAAUGAGAAGAAGAAGAAAGAAAUCCUGGGCUCUGUAUAUUCUGAGGAAGAUAAAGAGUCGGCAGAGGCUAAAACCAAGGUGGGGAAGAAGAGAAGAGAUCGUAUGAAGAACGCUGAGCAGCAAGACGGAGAAGCAGGGGACGGAGAUGGUGCCGCCAUCGUGGACUCUACGGACGAGACACUUGCCCAAGCUCUUAGAGAGGCAGGGGACAACGUGGAGGAAGAGGAGGAGGAGGUCCUGAUACCCAAGAAAAAGAAGAUGAAACAGGAAGAGGAGCCUCAGAUUAGUUCUGGCAACGAAGCAGCAGAUAAAGCUGUCGAGGUGAAAAACAGGACUGAGAGGCCAAAAUGGUCUAAGAAGAAGCACAAGCCUUCAGGUGGACGCCUCAUGUCGGGAGGCUUCGGGGUGAAGAUAGGCGGCCGGGAGUUCAGUAGACAGAGACUGAAGGCCUACGGUCUGAACCCCAAGAGACUGUACUUCAGACAGAUCGGCAGACAGAGACGAAAAGCACAGGAGAAGAAGGAGAAGCAGAAAAACAAGGAGUGAUGAACGGUUUCCUCUGAGCCACCAUCUUAGUAAAAUCCUUUGACUCUGAUCAUCCAAGAAUUAAAGACGAUAUAAGGAA